GCAUGUUACCAGCUGUGCAUAAACAGAAAGAGAAGCGAGCUGAGGUCUUUAGACAGCUACUGCGUAUGAGCUAAUACAACUAAUGUAAUGUUUUGCGUUCGGCGAAGGUAAAGGCAGUAUAACUAACGUAAUGUUCUGACUGGACUCAAAGACGUUUUGUUUUAACUGCAUUUAAACGGCUUUGUGUUUAGCUGUUAGCUAAUUAGCUUGACAGUCAUCUAGCUAGCUGGACGUGUAGCAGGUUUCGCUUGCUAGCUGUCACCGGUUUGUUAUUGUUCUUUGUAAAAGUCGCCAAUUCUUUUAUUACACAUGACUGUGUCUAUGGUAGUAAUCCGUCUGGAAAUAGCCGACCAGUCUCCUUCUCCACAAGGUUUCCAGUACUCAGCUGAAGGCAUGUCAGAGAAGGAGCUGCAGGAGAAAGCUUUAGGUGUAGCCAAACACACUCUGAGUGGGAAGACGGAUCUGGAAAGAGCCGCUGUACUGCACCAGCACAUCGGCAGCAGAGCCAUGGGGGACAUGGUUAUAGAAACAUUUGAACCCAGUCAAGAUAAAAGAGGAGGAGAAGACUUCAGUGGUGCAGCGGAGCAGGACAGUGAAGCUAAGGCUGCUCAGGCUGAAGCAGAUAGUCCGGAGGGUUCUGAGGCUUCACACGACACUAAGGCGACAGGGGCCACUCCUGACUCCCCCUCCAAACAGCUGCCGGACCAGAUUUCCUUCUUCAGCGGCAACCCGUCAGUGGAGAUCGUCCACGGUAUCAUGCACCUCUACAAGACCAAGUGA